CAGAUUUCAAAUCGCUCAGAGAUGUAACAAUUCAGAUGCGUUGACAACAUCACAACGUCCGCAGGCGCAGGCAGGCAGCAUCACAACAUCCCCGCUCCUGCCAGCGGACUGGAUCCACCCUGAGCCAUGUCUUCCCGGUCGCCGAAGCAUCCGCCCCACCGGAGUCUACGGCGAUUCCCCUCCGCCUGCUGUCUCCUAGUCCUCACGCUCGCUCUCCUCUUCGCCUCCGCCGCAGCCAAGUCUUCUCGGCGCCCCAUCUCCGACAACGAGAUACGGCAGAAGAAGGAGGCCUGCUACACGGACGUCGAGAACGGGCUCUGGGGGUGGGUGUGCAGGUCCUCGCCAACGGAGAAGGAGAACUGCGUGCUGCGCUGCCUCUCCCCGGAGUGCUACGACCUCAUCUACGGCGGCGACCCGCUUGAGGAAGGGGAACUGGAUUAUGUCCGGAGCCAGGAGUACAAGUACUGCAUGCACAAAUCAUCCCUUGGAGAAAGCUUGGAUGGCGUGAAGGGGUCCUUCAGCUAUUCGUGAAGGAAACAAGAAGAAAAAGGUGCUGUUGGUAAACUUUAUUCUGUACUCUUGAACAUAUAUGCAUAUAUAUAUGUGUACUACUUUGUUUAGACCUUGAACCCAACAUAUAUACUGGCUUUUGCCAUUUGCUGAA